AUGAAUGAAACACUCGAAAUUAAAUUAUUGAAUGCAAGCGAAGAUGACACCCUUCGUAUUCAUCAUCUCCCAUGCAAAAUUGAUCACAACGGUCAAGCACAAGUUGAUAAAUAUUUUGAGGCCAAUAUAAAGGAAAAAGGAGCAGUUAAUAACGGAGAUGGUCAACAACAAAACGGAGCAUCAUCUUCAUCGGAACCGAUGAAUAACAACUCAGUCAUCUUUGAAGGGUCAUUUAGGGGUAGACCUCUCCAAGGAAAACAACUCAAUUUUGAUGAAGAAUUAAAGAAUCAAGACUCAUUAGAUGUGACUGGUUAUAUUAUCAACGAAGACAAAAUUUGUGUACAUAGAUUCAAAGAGUUCACAAUGUGGACUCUCGACCAAGAUCCACAACUUGAAAAAGACAUUCAUUCCUCUCUUGAUUGGAUUCAAUUUUCAUCUAUUAUUCACCAAGAAAUAAAACCAAAUCUUUAA